AUGGAAAGUAAUGCAAAUAAAAGAGAAAACUCAUCUCCUCUUGAUAAUGAUGCAAAAUGUUCACGCCUUUGCCUCUCUCCUACUCGUCUUAUGCAUUUACUCGAUAAACGUUUUGACAAACAAUAUCAACAGAUAACUACCAAACUAGAAUCCUCAAUUAAAGAUGCAGAAAAUAGAAUCAUAUCUCAAGUGAAUGAGAAAUUAAGAGAAAUUGAAAACAAAAUUAAUAACACUGAAAAUAGACUCUUAAAUGAGAUAGAUAAUCGUAUUGUCGAUAUAAUGAGUGAAAUGCAUAUUACGAAUGAUGUUGAUUGUCAGAUCAAAUUGUUAGACACUUUCCUUGAGUCUGCAUUUUCAUUUGUUCCCAUUGUUAGUCAUCGUCAUCAUCGUAGUUUUGAGUCUUGGAUGGGUUCUAGAGAAAUUGUACAUGCUGUGUCUUUAAGAGAUAUUGCAUACAAAGGUUUUCUUGAAACCCAUACGGAGAAUAAUUGGAGAACCUAUUGCAAAUAUCGAAACAAAGCAAAGAACAUUAUUCGUAAGUUCAAGAGGCGCGAAGGUGUUGAAAAAUUCAAAAGAUGUGAUAAUGCUAAUUUAUGGAAAAUUUUAAGAAACGCUGGGUGCCUUCAACGCGAAUCAGCAUUCUUUGAUAUUGACGCUAAUGAGGUAAAUAAUUAUUUUGUUUAUAGCUCAGGUGUUGUUGCAGACGAAUUUGAUUUUAAUUAUAUUGAUAAUGGUCCAUGUUUCUCAUUCAAUAAUGUUUCCAUGUUGGAACUUUUGGACGCUUUUAAUAAGUUGAAAUCAAAUGCUGUGGGUCCUGAUGGAAUUCCAUUAAGCGUUAUCCGCAACAAAAUUAUAGGUAAUGCAGACGCAGCCCUAGAAUCAUAUAAUACUCCUCUUAAUUGGAAGAGUAUCGUUAAGUGCUUAACACUUCACUAUGGGGAUAAGCGUGAUUUAGGUACUCUAGAAUAUCAGAUGACUUCAUUGAUUCAAGGCAAAAACUCUAUACAAGGUUUUUAUCAGGAAGUUUAUACCCAUCUGUCCUUAAUAUUAAAUAAAAUAGGAUGUAUGGAGAUAGGCAAGGAAUCAGCUAUGUUACUGACACAGACAUAUCGCGAUAAAGCCUUAGAUACCUUUAUAAGAGGUCUCAAUGGAAAAUUACCCAAAUUAUUAGGAAUCCGCGAACCAUCAGAUUUACCACAAGCAUUGCACUUAUGCUUAAAAUUAGAAAACCAAAACUUUAGAGCAGAAUACGCCUAUAAUCACAAUAAUAUUAAACCACAAAGACAAUUUCAACCACCUCAACCAAAACGAAAUGUUAAUUUAAAUAAAGCACCAUUUUAUCCUGAACUUACCCUACAACGGCCUAGUAACGCAAGGCAAUGGGACACAUUUCAAUAUCAGAAUAAUCAAAGGUCAUAUCGACAACCCUUUUUUAACCCACAUUCCCAGUUACACAAUCAGCCCAGACAACAAUUCCAACCACAAGCUCCAUACUUUCAACAAAAUUUCAAACCAUCAAGACCUACAGCUUCAAAGCCACAAAGACCCGAACCAAUGGACAUUGAUCAUUCUAUUCAGUCCAAAAACAUUAAUUACCAAAAUAGACCCCGUCAAACAAAUCAAUUUCAUGGCAAAAGGCCUAUACCCUCAUCACUAAACACCCCAAUGCCACAUAAUAAAUUGCAAAGAAAUUUUCACAUUGCAGUCAAUGAAGAACUUCCUUCUAAUGAUAUGUCAUAUAACCAAAAUGACAAUUCCAAUAGGAAAUACCCACACCGAAGAUUUAUCAGAUAUCCAUUUUUUAGAUUAGCGCAUUCUUCACUUCCAUAUUUUAAAUGUAAAACAGAGAAUGGCCAAAUAUUAAAAAUAUUAAUUGAUACUGGCUCUAAUAAAAAUUAUAUCCAGCCUUCUCUAGUAACCAAUUCAAAUGAAAACCCCUUUUUUGCGAAUUCUAUAUCCGGCAACAUACAAAUUACACACCACACUUUCGUAAAUAUCUUCAACAUACCAAAUCAUAAAAUAAAAUUUUAUAUCUUGCCGUCGUUGAAAUCUUUUCAUGGCAUUCUUAGUCAUGACAGCUUAGAAGAACUUAAUGCAGUAAUCCAUGUAAAAGAACAAUACAUGUUAAUAGAUAAUGUUAAAAAAAUUAAAAUUUAUCAGCAUAUUUCCCAAUCAAUCAAUAAGGUUGAACUAAGAACCGACCAUUUGAACAAAACCCAAAUAGCAAAGCUAGAAGAAGCAAUUCACAUGUAUCCGAAUUUAUUUACAGAACCUAACCAUAAAUUAACCUACACUUCUCGAGUGCAGGGAGAAAUUAGAACAACUACUGAUACACCAGUCUUUUCAAAAACAUAUCCCUACCCUAUGGCACUAAAAAGUGAAAUAGAGAAACAAGUACUUGAGCUUUUAAAUGAUGGAAUAAUUCGACCAUCAAAGUCCCCAUAUAAUGCACCUGUUUGCAUCGUUCCAAAAAUGGAUGCAUCAGGAGAGAAAAAAUAUAGAAUGGUAAUAGAUUACAGGAAAUUGAACUCAAUUACUGUGCCAGACCGUUAUCCGAUUCCGGAGAUAAAUGAGGUAUUAUCAAACCUAGGGGAAAACAAAUAUUUUUCCGUUAUAGAUCUAAAAAGUGGUUUUCAUCAGAUCCCACUUAAGGAAAGUGAUAUUGAGAAAACUGCAUUUUCCAUUAAUAAUGGAAAAUUUGAAUUUGUACGUCUUCCUUUCGGAUUGAAGAAUUCUCCUUCAAUUUUCCAAUGCACUUUAGAUGAUGUUUUGAGGGAACACAUAGGGAAAAUUUGUUAUGUCUAUAUAGAUGACAUAAUUAUAUUUGGCAAGAAUGAAACUGAUCAUUUUCAAAAUUUACAUAAAGUCUUCCGAACAAUAGAAUCUGCAAACUUCAAAGUUCAACUCGAUAAAUGUGAAUUUGCAAAACAACAAAUAGAAUUUUUAGGAUUUAUUGUAGACAUUAAUGGUAUUAAAACCAACCCCGAUAAAGUAAGGGCAAUAGUUAAUAUAUCUCCACCCAAAACAUUGAAAGAUUUAAGAAGUUUCCUUGGUAUGUCAGGUUAUUAUCGUCGUUUUAUACGAGAUUAUGCGAAACUAGCUAAACCCCUGACAUCCCUUUUAAGAGGGGAGGAUGGACGCGUUUCUAAAAACGCAUCCAAAAAUAAAAGAAUAUUCUUGGAUCAAGAUGCAAUAGACUCAUUUCAAAAAAUAAAAAAUUCAAUGACCUCAGAGGAUAUUAUUCUCUCACAUCCAAACUUUGAAAAAGACUUUGACUUAACAACCGACGCUUCCGAAUAUGCAAUUGGAGCAGUCUUAUCACAAGAUCGCAAACCAAUAACAUUUCUUUCAAGAACAUUAAAUAAGACAGAAGAACAUUACGCAACGAAUGAAAAAGAGAUGUUGGCGAUAAUUUGGGCACUCACCACAUUAAGAAACUAUCUGUAUGGGUCAAGAAAAAUAAAUAUUUUCACAGACCACCAACCGCUGACUUUCGCUCUUAGCAGCAAAAAUACAAACAGCAAAAUGAAAAGAUGGAAAGCUAUCCUAGAGGAAUACAAUUACGAAUUAAAAUACCAACCAGGCAAGACCAAUGUAGUCGCUGAUGCAUUAUCCAGACCCCCACAAAUAAAUUCCAUGACGGCGACUCAACAUAGCUCUGAAAGUUCGUCGCAUAACUUAAUACCCGCUAUAGAAUGUCCCAUAAAUGCUUUUAAGAAUCAACUCUUUAUAUUAGUAGACGACCAGGAAAAAUACGAAUUUAAAAUCCCUUUUCCAACAUAUCACAGGCAUGUUAUAAAACAACCCCAUUAUUCGAAAGAAGAUUUAAUAACUGUAUUAAAGAAGUAUUUGAACCCAAGUGUGAUUAAUGGACUUUUCACAAGUGAACCAAUUAUGGGAAUUAUACAAGAAUUUUAUCCUGAACAUUUCAAAAACUUUAAGGUCAGAUUUACCCAAAGCAUAGUACAAGAUAUAACAAAUGAAAGUGAACAAGAAGAAAUAAUAAUAUCGGAACAUAAAAGGGCACAUCGGAAUGGAAAAGAGAACAGAGAACAAAUUAGACAAAAAUAUUAUUUUCCCAAAAUGGCGGAAAAAACCAAUAGAAUAGUGAAAACCUGUAAAAUUUGUAAGGAACAAAAAUAUGAUCGUCAUCCAAAUAAACCUAGUUUUGAAGUCACACCAAUUCCAAAGAAACCAGGAGAGAUAAUUCAUGUUGACAUCUACUCGACCGAGAAAAAUCUGGUCCUUACAGCUAUUGACAAAUUUUCGAAAUAUGCGCAGGCAAAAAUUUUGAAAUCACGAGCAAUAGAGGAUAUAAAAGAACCUCUUAGGGAAUUAAUUUUGGCAUUUGGUGUCCCUAAUUCAAUAGUAAUAGAUAAUGAAAAAUCCCUAAAUUCUGCUACAAUAAAAUUUCUGCUUCAUGAUCAAUUUGGAAUAAAUAUUUACACUACACCCCCAUACUGCAGUACUGUUAAUGGACAAGUAGAAAGAUUUCAUUCCACACUUUCGGAAAUCAUGAGAUGUUUAAAACCGGAAAAACUUCACACCUCAUUUCAUGACUUACUUACAAAGUCAAUUUAUGAAUACAACUCCUCAAUUCACUCUGUUACUAGAAAAAAACCAAUAGAAAUAUUUUUUGGUAGGAAGUGUAGAAAUCAAAAGGAAAUAGAAGAUGAGCGAAAAGAAAUUAGUAAUAGAUUAAAAGAAAGACAAGAACAAGACUUAGAAAAACAUAACAAGGAUAGAGAUAAAAUUAAAAAUUAUUCAGUAGGUGAAAAGAUUUAUGUUAAGGUAAACAAAAGGUUAGGAUCGAAACUGUCUCCUCGGUACAGAGAGGAAAUAGUGAAAGAAGAUAGAAAUACUACGAUUUUAACUAAUUCAGGAAAGAUAGUUCAUAAAAGUAAUAUUAAAAGAUUUAUCAGAUAUCCAUUUUUUAGAUUAGCGCAUUCUUCACUUCCAUAUUUUAAAUGUAAAACAGAGAAUGACCAAAUAUUAAAAAUAUUAAUUGAUACUGGCUCUAAUAAAAAUUAUAUCCAGCCUUCUCUAGUAACCAAACCAAUUCUAAAUGAAAACCCCUUUUUUGCGAAUUCUAUAUCUGGCAACAUACAAAUUACACACCACACUUUCGUAAAUAUCUUCAACAUACCAAAUCAUAAAAUAAAAUUUUAUAUCUUGCCGUCGUUGAAAUCUUUUCAUGGCAUUCUUAGUCAUGACAGCUUAGAAGAACUUAAUGCAGUAAUCCAUGUAAAAGAACAAUACAUGUUAAUAGAUAAUGUUAAAAAAAUUAAAAUUUAUCAGCAUAUUUCCCAAUCAAUCAAUAAGGUUGAACUAAGAACCGACCAUUUGAACAAAACCCAAAUAGCAAAGCUAGAAGAAGCAAUUCACAUGUAUCCGAAUUUAUUUACAGAACCUAACCAUAAAUUAACCUACACUUCUCGAGUGCAGGGAGAAAUUAGAACAACUACUGAUACACCAGUCUUUUCAAAAACAUAUCCCUACCCUAUGGCACUAAAAAGUGAAAUAGAGAAACAAGUACUUGAGCUUUUAAAUGAUGGAAUAAUUCGACCAUCAAAGUCCCCAUAUAAUGCACCUGUUUGGAUCGUUCCAAAAAUGGAUGCAUCAGGAGAGAAAAAAUAUAGAAUGGUAAUAGAUUACAGGAAAUUGAACUCAAUUACUGUGCCAGACCGUUAUCCGAUUCCGGAGAUAAAUGAGGUAUUAUCAAACCUAGGGGAAAACAAAUAUUUUUCCGUUAUAGAUCUAAAAAGUGGUUUUCAUCAGAUCCCACUUAAGGAAAGUGAUAUUGAGAAAACUGCAUUUUCCAUUAAUAAUGGAAAAUUUGAAUUUGUACGUCUUCCUUUCGGAUUGAAGAAUUCUCCUUCAAUUUUCCAAUGCACUUUAGAUGAUGUUUUGAGGGAACACAUAGGGAAAAUUUGUUAUGUCUAUAUAGAUGACAUAAUUAUAUUUGGCAAGAAUGAAACUGAUCAUUUUCAAAAUUUACAUAAAGUCUUCCGAACAAUAGAAUCUGCAAACUUCAAAGUUCAACUCGAUAAAUGUGAAUUUGCAAAACAACAAAUAGAAUUUUUAGGAUUUAUUGUAGACAUUAAUGGUAUUAAAACCAACCCCGAUAAAGUAAGGGCAAUAGUUAAUAUAUCUCCACCCAAAACAUUGAAAGAUUUAAGAAGUUUCCUUGGUAUGUCAGGUUAUUAUCGUCGUUUUAUACGAGAUUAUGCGAAACUAGCUAAACCCCUGACAUCCCUUUUAAGAGGGGAGGAUGGACGCGUUUCUAAAAACGCAUCCAAAAAUAAAAGAAUAUUCUUGGAUCAAGAUGCAAUAGACUCAUUUCAAAAAAUAAAAAAUUCAAUGACCUCGGAGGAUAUUAUUCUCUCACAUCCAAACUUUGAAAAAGACUUUGACUUAACAACCGACGCUUCCGAAUAUGCAAUUGGAGCAGUCUUAUCACAAGAUCGCAAACCAAUAACAUUUCUUUCAAGAACAUUAAAUAAGACAGAAGAACAUUACGCAACGAAUGAAAAAGAGAUGUUGGCGAUAAUUUGGGCACUCACCACAUUAAGAAACUAUCUGUAUGGGUAGAAAAUAAAUAUUUUCACAGACCACCAACCGCUGACUUUCGCUCUUAGCAGCAAAAAUACAAACAGCAAAAUGAAAAGAUGGAAAGCUAUCCUAGAGGAAUACAAUUACGAAUUAAAAUACCAACCAGGCAAGACCAAUGUAGUCGCUGAUGCAUUAUCCAGACCCCCACAAAUAAAUUCCAUGACGGCGACUCAACAUAGCUCUGAAAGUUCGUCGCAUAACUUAAUACCCGCUAUAGAAUGUCCCAUAAAUGCUUUUAAGAAUCAACUCUUUAUAUUAGUAGACGACCAGGAAAAAUACGAAUUUAAAAUCCCUUUUCCAACAUAUCACAGGCAUGUUAUAAAACAACCCCAUUAUUCGAAAGAAGAUUUAAUAACUGUAUUAAAGAAGUAUUUGAACCCAAGUGUGAUUAAUGGACUUUUCACAAGUGAACCAAUUAUGGGAAUUAUACAAGAAUUUUAUCCUGAACAUUUCAAAAACUUUAAGGUCAGAUCCCAAAGCAUAGUACAAGAUAUAACAAAUGAAAGUGAACAAGAAGAAAUAAUAAUAUCGGAACAUAAAAGGGCACAUCGGAAUGGAAAAGAGAACAGAGAACAAAUUAGACAAAAAUAUUAUUUUCCCAAAAUGGCGGAAAAAACCAAUAGAAUAGUGAAAACCUGUAAAAUUUGUAAGGAACAAAAAUAUGAUCGUCAUCCAAAUAAACCUAGUUUUGAAGUCACACCAAUUCCAAAGAAACCAGGAGAGAUAAUUCAUGUUGACAUCUACUCGACCGAGAAAAAUCUGGUCCUUACAGCUAUUGACAAAUUUUCGAAAUAUGCGCAGGCAAAAAUUUUGAAAUCACGAGCAAUAGAGGAUAUAAAAGAACCUCUUAGGGAAUUAAUUUUGGCAUUUGGU